CUCUGUAUAGCAAUGAGAAACCUACCACAGCGCAACAGGACACUGCAACAAAAGAGAGUGAAAAGACUGCUACAACUACAGAAACUUCUCUGUUUAGCACUGAGAAACCAAGUCAUAUAACGACUUCAGUAUCAAAGGAAAUUGAAACAGCGGAGUCGGAAAUGGCUGCUGCUGCUGCUACAGUUUCUUCUCUAUAUAGCACUGAGAAAAUUGCUCAUGUUGAGACUACCAUCCUAGAGGAGGAGAGCUCAGGGUAUCUGACUUCUGAUAUGUUUACGACUCAGUCAGCUGCCACCCCUCCUUCUCCAGUGUAUAGUACAGUCAGACCAGAACAGCCAGAGGCACCAUCAAGCACAGAAAUUCCAUCAGUUGUUCCCAUUAUUGAUGAAACAGAGACAAGCACCAUCCUCACUUCAGAAGAGGAUACAAGCUCAAGUGGAGCAACAGCUGAGAUGUUCACCAAGGAGUCUGUUGCAACAACUGCAUCCACAUCAGAGUCAGUUAGUGCUUUCACUACAUCAAGACCAACAGUGACCUCAAGUUCAAUCUUGACCAUUACAGAGGAAGAUGGUUCUGGUGACCAGACACCUGAUAUGUUUACCAAGGCACCAGUCUCAACGAUUGAGUUUGUCAGUAGAUAUACCACUGUUCAUACAUCUACAGGAAAGGUGACGGAACAAACCGGAGCAUCAACACAGUAUACCCACAGCACCUCUUCACCCAUGGACUUGGAGGGAUCUGGAAUCUCAAAGACAGAGGGUGACCAAGAGACAACUCAGCCAGAGGGUUUAGGUGUGGAAGAAGUAGUUGAGACCACCAGUAAACCACAGGACCAGUUCGCUGUAGCCACAGAUGAGACAGAAAUCAAAGAGACCGAGAGUAAAUCUGAGGCUCUAAGUGUUGCAUCCUCAACACAGUCCGCACAGCUCAGCCAAGAAUCUACAUCAACCCAAUACCCUCUAUCCACUAGCACAUCUGAGACAAUAGAAUCAGCUACUGCUUCAUUGUCCGAGCAAGGAAGUGGAGACUUCACAGAACCCUCUAUUUCAGAAAGUGAUGCCACAGAGGGUGAGAGUUCAGGUGAUGACACAUCUGCUAUUACAACAGCCCCACUGCAUACUACAUCAUCUUUAACAGACUCAUUGGUAACAAAAUCAGUAAGCACUGAAGUAACUAAUGGAACCAAGGUGGUUGAGCAGACAGAAGAACCAACAGGCACAGAUGGACCUUCAGCUGGCUCUGUCUCAAGUGUGACAGCCUCAGUGGUCACAUUCACAGAUGAGGAGAGCUCUGGCUACCUGACACCUGAAAUGUUUACCAAGGAAUCUACUACACCAACAUCACUAGGGUCAGAAGCUUUGAUGAUCACAUCUUCCUCCCCAAUAAACAGCAUUGACCAAUUCCAAAGCACAACUGUAGGAACAGUCAUCACACCCACAGAAGAAAUAGAUGAAACGCCCAUAGACUCUCCCACUGUAGCAGUUGAAACUUUGGAGCCUUCUGUGGACCAAGCAACUGGACUAGCAAGCACAUCAUCACCAUUUGUCACUGCAUUCACUUACGUAGACAUGGGGGUCUCGGGAAUCUCAGCAACAGGAAAUGACCAGGAGAUAAGUACACCUGAAGGGUCAGUUGACGAGGGACCAGUGGAGACCACCACUAAACCACAGUACCAGUUCACUGUAGCAACUGAUAAGAAUGAAAUCAGAGAGACUGAGAGCACAUCUGAGAGUCCAGGUGAUGUUUCUUCAAAAGAGUUUAAACAAUCCCAGGAAUCCACAUCAACCCAAUCUCCUUCCAUGUCAAGCACAGGUAAACUAACAGAGGCUUCCACAGCCUCUUUCACAGAGCAGGGUAGUGGUGACUUGACAAUAGACUCUAUAGCCGAGGAUGAACAGAGAGAGCACGAGAGUUCAGGUGAAGACAUCUCAGAUGUGUCCACUAAGAAACCUGCAAGCACGACUGCUCCUCUCCUGUCUAGUCCAGCAACAACAAUGGAGGAAUUUACCACAUUGUCUGUCAGUGGUGACACCACCCUUGAAACAGCUGUUGAGGUUGAUGCAACUCUAUCAAUCGGCACAACUGCAGAGGUACCUAAGGUUAUUUUUAGCACAGCUCAGACCCAGGAAAGUGAGGUGACAGAAAAAGAUACAAGCAGCACAGAGAAACCAUCAGUUGCUUUGAUGUCAAAUAUAACACUCACAGACGAUGAAAUUUCAGGUGACCAGACCCCAGAUAUGUUUCCCAAAGGGUCUGUUACUGCAACGGUUUCUUCUGUAUACAGCACAGUCGAAGCAGAACAAAUGACAUCCACAACUAAAGUUUCUUCUCUGUUUAGCACUGAGAAGCCAAAACAAAUAGUGACCACAGCGUCACAUGAAACUGCAACAGCUGAGACAGCAAGAAGUGCUAGAACUACAGCAACUUCUCUGUAUAGCACUGAGAAACCUACCACAGUGCAACAGGACACUGCAACAAAAGAGAGUGAAAAGACUGCUACAACUACAGAAACUUCUCUGUUUAGCACUGAGAAACCAAGUCAUAUAACGACUUCAGUAUCAAAGGAAAUUGAAACAGCGGAGUCGGAAAUGGCUGCUGCUGCUGCUACAGUUUCUUCUCUAUAUAGCACUGAGAAAAUUGCUCAUGUUGAGACUACCAUCCUAGAGGAGGAGAGCUCAGGGUAUCUGACUUCUGAUAUGUUUACGACUCAGUCAGCUGCCACCCCUCCUUCUCCAGUGUAUAGUACAGUCAGACCAGAACAGCCAGAGGCACCAUCAAGCACAGAAAUUCCAUCAGUUGUUCCCAUUAUUGAUGAAACAGAGACAAGCACCAUCCUCACUUCAGAAGAGGAUACAAGCUCAAGUGGAGCAACAGCUGAGAUGUUCACCAAGGAGUCUGUUGCAACAACUGCAUCCACAUCAGAGUCAGUUAGUGCUUUCACUACAUCAAGACCAACAGUGACCUCAAGUUCAAUCUUGACCAUUACAGAGGAAGAUGGUUCUGGUGACCAGACACCUGAUAUGUUUACCAAGGCACCAGUCUCAACGAUUGAGUUUGUCAGUAGAUAUACCACUGUUCAUACAUCUACAGGAAAGGUGACGGAACAAACCGGAGCAUCAACACAGUAUACCCACAGCACCUCUUCACCCAUGGACUUGGAGGGAUCUGGAAUCUCAAAGACAGAGGGUGACCAAGAGAUAACUCAGCCAGAGGGUUUAGGUGUGGAAGAAGUAGUUGAGACCACCAGUAAACCACAGGACCAGUUCGCUGUAGCCACAGAUGAGACAGAAAUCAAAGAGACCGAGAGUAAAUCUGAGGCUCUAAGUGUUGCAUCCUCAACACAGUCCGCACAGCUCAGCCAAGAAUCUACAUCAACCCAAUACCCUCUAUCCACUAGCACAUCUGAGACAAUAGAAUCAGCUACUGCUUCAUUGUCCGAGCAAGGAAGUGGAGACUUCACAGAACCCUCUAUUUCAGAAAGUGAUGCCACAGAGGGUGAGAGUUCAGGUGAUGACACAUCUGCUAUUACAACAGCCCCACUGCAUACUACAUCAUCUUUAACAGACUCAUUGGUAACAAAAUCAGUAAGCACUGAAGUAACUAAUGGAACCAAGGUGGUUGAGCAGACAGAAGAACCAACAGGCACAGAUGGACAUUCAGCUGGCUCUGUCUCAAGUGUGACAGCCUCAGUGGUCACAUUCACAGAUGAGGAGAGCUCUGGCUACCUGACACCUGAAAUGUUUACCAAGGAAUCUACUACACCAACAUCACUAGGGUCAGAAGCUUUGAUGAUCACAUCUUCCUCCCCAAUAAACAGCAUUGACCAAUUCCAAAGCACAACUGUAGGAACAGUCAUCACACCCACAGAAGAAAUAGAUGAAACGCCCAUAGACUCUCCCACUGCAGCAGUUGAAACUUUGGAGCCUUCUGUGGACCAAGCAACUGGACUAGCAAGCACAUCAUCACCAUUUGUCACUGCAUUCACUUACGUAGACAUGGGGGUCUCGGGAAUCUCAGCAACAGGAAAUGACCAGGAGAUAAGUACACCUGAAGGGUCAGUUGACGAGGGACCAGUGGAGACCACCACUAAACCACAGUACCAGUUCACUGUAGCAACUGAUAAGAAUGAAAUCAGAGAGACUGAGAGCACAUCUGAGAGUCCAGGUGAUGUUUCUUCAAAAGAGUUUAAACAAUCCCAGGAAUCCACAUCAACCCAAUCUCCUUCCAUGUCAAGCACAGGUAAACUAACAGAGGCUUCCACAGCCUCUUUCACAGAGCAGGGUAGUGGUGACUUGACAAUAGACUCUAUAGCCGAGGAUGAACAGAGAGAGCACGAGAGUUCAGGUGAAGACAUCUCAGAUGUGUCCACUAAGAAACCUGCAAGCACGACUGCUCCUCUCCUGUCUAGUCCAGCAACAACAAUGGAGGAAUUUACCACAUUGUCUGUCAGUGGUGACACCACCCUUGAAACAGCUGUUGAGGUUGAUGCAACUCUAUCAAUCGGCACAACUGCAGAGGUACCUAAGGUUAUUUUUAGCACAGCUCAGAGCCAGGAAAGUGAGGUGACAGAAAAAGAUACAAGCAGCACAGAGAAACCAUCAGUUGCUUUGAUGUCAAAUAUAACACUCACAGACGAUGAAAUUUCAGGUGACCAGACCCCAGAUAUGUUUCCCAAAGGGUCUGUUACUGCAACGGUUUCUUCUGUAUACAGCACAGUCGAAGCAGAACAAAUGACAUCCACGACUAAAGUUUCUUCUCUGUUUAGCACUGAGAAGCCAAAACAAAUAGUGACCACAGCGUCACAUGAAACUGUAACAGCUGAGACAGCAAGAAGUGCUAGAACUACAGCAACUUCUCUGUAUAGCAAUGAGAAACCUACCACAGCGCAACAGGACACUGCAACAAAAGAGAGUGAAAAGACUGCUACAACUACAGAAACUUCUCUGUUUAGCACUGAGAAACCAAGUCAUAUAACGACUUCAGUAUCAAAGGAAAUUGAAACAGCGGAGUUGGAAAUGGCUGCUGCCGCUGCUACAGUUUCUUCUCUAUAUAGCACUGAGAAAAUUGCUCAUGUUGAGACUACCAUCCUAGAGGAGGAGAGCUCAGGGUAUCUGACUUCUGAUAUGUUUACGACUCAGUCAGCUGCCACCCCUCCUUCUCCAGUGUAUAGUACAGUCAGACCAGAACAGCCAGAGGCACCAUCAAGCUCAGAAAUUCCAUCAGUUGUUCCCAUUAUUGAUGAAACAGAGACAAGCACCAUCCUCACUUCAGAAGAGGAUACAAGCUCAAGUGGAGCAACAGCUGAGAUAUUCACCAAGGAGUCUGUUGCAACAACUGCAUCCACAUCAGAGUCAGUUAGUGCUUUCACUACAUCAAGACCAACAGUGACCUCAAGUUCAAUCUUGACCAUUACAGAGGAAGAUGGUUCUGGUGACCAGACACCUGAUAUGUUUACCAAGGCACCAGUCUCAACGAUUGAGUUUGUCAGUAGAUAUACCACUGUUCAUACAUCUACAGGAAAGGUGACGGAACAAACCGGAGCAUCAACACAGUAUACCCACAGCACCUCUUCACCCAUGGACUUGGAGGGAUCUGGAAUCUCAAAGACAGAGGGUGACCAAGAGACACCUCAGACAGAGGGUUUAGGUGUGGAAGAAGUAGUUGAGACCACCAGUAAACCACAGGACCAGUUCGCUGUAGCCACAGAUGAGACAGAAAUCAAAGAGACCGAGAGUAAAUCUGAGGCUCUAAGUGUUGCAUCCUCAACACAGUCCGCACUGCUCAGCCAAGAAUCUACAUCAACCCAAUACCCUCUAUCCACUAGCACAUCUGAGACAAUAGAAUCAGCUGCUGCUUCAUUGUCCGAGCAAGGAAGUGGAGACUUCACAGAACCCUCUAUUUCAGAAAGUGAUGCCACAGAGGGUGAGAGUUCAGGUGAUGACACAUCUGCUAUUACAACAGCCCCACUGCAUACUACAUCAUCUUUAACAGACUCAUUGGUAACAAAAUCAGUAAGUACUGAAGUAACUAACGGAACCAAGGUGGUUGAGCAGACAGAAGAACCAACAGGCACAGAUGGACCUUCAGCUGGCCCUGUCUCAAGUGUGACAGCCAACGUGGUCACAUUCACAGAUGAGGAGAGCUCUGGCUACCUGACACCUGAAAUGUUUACCAAGGAAUCUACUACACCAACAUCACUAGGGUCAGAAGCUUUGAUGAUCACAUCUUCCUCCCCAAUCAACAGCAUUGACCAAUUCCAAAGCACAACUGUAGGAACAGUCAUCACACCCACAGAAGAAAUAGAUGAAACGCCCAUAGACUCUCCCACUGCAGCAGUUGAAACUUUGGAGCCUUCUGUGGACCAAGCAACUGGACUAGCAAGCACAUCAUCACCAUUUGUCACUGCAUUCACUUACGUUGACAUGGGGGUCUUGGGAAUCCCAGAAACAGAUGAUGACCAGGAGACAAGUAAACCUGAAGGGUCAGUUGACGAGGCACCAGUGGAGACCACCACUAAACCACAGUACCAGUUCACUGUAGCAACUGAUAAGAAUGAAAUCAGAGAGACUGAGAGCACAUCUGAGACUCCAGGUGAUGUUUCUUCAAAAGAGUUUAAACAGUCCCAGGAAUCCACAUCAACCCAAUCUCCUUCCAUGUCAAGCACAGGUAAUCCAACAGAGGCUUCCACAGUCUCUUUCACAGAGCAGGGUAGUGGUGACUUGACAAUAGACUCUAUAGCCGAGGAUGAACAGAGAGAGCAUGAGACUUCAGGUGAAGACAUCUCAGAUGUGUCCACUAAGCAACCUGCAAGCACGACUGCUCCUCUCCUGUCUAGUCCAGCAACAACAAUGGAGGAAUUUAACAAAUUGUCUGUCAGUGGUGACACCACCGUUGAAACAGCUGUUGAGGUUGAUGCAACUCUAUCAAUCGGCACAACUGCAGAGGUACCUAAGGUUAUUUAUAGCACAGCUCAGACCCAGGAAAGUGAGGUGACAGAAAAAGAUACAAGCAGCACAGAGAAACCAUCAGUUGCUUUAAUGUCAAAUGUAACACUCACAGAUGAUGAAAUUUCAGGUGACCAGACCCCAGAUAUGUUUCCCAAAGGGUCUGUUACUGCAACGGUUUCUUCUGUAUACAGCACAGUCGAAGCAGAACAAAUGACAUCCACGACUAAAGUUUCUUCUCUGUUUAGCACUGAGAAGCCAAAACAAAUAGUGACCACAGCGUCACAUGAAACUGUAACAGCUGAGACAGCAAGAAGUGCUAGAACUACAGCAACUUCUCUGUAUAGCACUGAGAAACCUACCACAGCGCAACAGGACACUGCAACAAAAGAGAGUGAAAAGACUGCUACAACUACAGAAACUUCUCUGUUUAUCACUGAGAAACCAAGUUAUAUAACGACUUCAGUAUCAAAGGAAAUUGAAACAGCGGAGUCGGAAAUGGCUGCUGCCUCUGCUACAGUUUCUUCUCUAUAUAGCACUGAGAAAAUUGCUCAUGUUGAGACUACCAUCCUAGAGGAGGAGAGCUCAGGGUAUCUGACUUCUGAUAUGUUUUCGACUCAGUCAGCUGCCACCCCUCCUUCUCCGGUGUAUAGUACAGUCAGACCAGAACAGCCAGAGGCACCAUCAAGCUCAGAAAUUCCAUCAGUUGUUCCCAUUAUUGAUGAAACAGAGACAAGCACCAUCCUCACUUCAGAAGAGGAUACAAGCUCAAGUGGAGCAACAGCUGAGAUGUUCACCAAGGAGUCUGUUGCAAUAACUGCAUCCACAUCAGUGUCAGUUAGUGCUUCCACUACAUCAAGACCAACAGUGACCUCAAGUUCAAUCUUGACCAUUACAGAGGAAGAUGGUUCUGGUGACCAGACACCUGAUAUGUUUACCAAGGCACCAGUCUCAACGAUUGAGUUUGUCAGUAGAUAUACCACUGUUCAUACAUCUACAGGAAAGGUGACGGAACAAACCGGAGCAUCAACACAGUAUACCCACAGCACCUCUUCACCCAUAGACAUGGAGGGAUCUGGAGUCUCAAAAACAGAGGAUGACCAAGAGACAACUCAGCCAGAGGGUUCAGGUGAGGAGGUAGAAGUUGAGACCACCAGUAAACCACAGGACCAGUUCACUGUAGCCACAGAUGAGACCGAAAUCAGAGAGACUGAAAGCACAUCUUGGACUCCAAAUGUUGAUGCUUCAAAAGAGUUCACACAGUCACAGGAAUCCACAUCAACCCAAUCUCUUUCAAUGUUAAUAACAGGUAAACCAUCAGAGGCUUCCACAGUCUCUUUCACAGAGCAUGGUAGUGGUGACUUGACAAUUGACUCUACAGUUGAGAAUGAUGGUACAGAGGACGAUAGUUCAGGUGAAGACAAUUUAGACGUGUCCACUAAGCAACCUGCAAGCACAAUUGCUCCUCUACUGUCUAGUCCAGCAACAACAAUGGAGGAAUUUACCACAUUGUCUGUGGGCAUUGUCACAAGCCUAGAAACAGCUGUUGAGGUUGAUGAAACUCUAUCAUCUGGCACAACUGCAGAGGUACCUAACGCUAUUUCUAUCACAGCUCAGACCCCGGAAAGUGAGGUGACAGAAAGAGAAACAAGCAGUACAAAGAAACCCUCAGAUUUAACUAUCACAGACCCUGAAAGCUCAGGUGACCAGACCUCUGAUGUGUUUACCAAGGAAACAGGCCAAACAGAAUCUAUUGUGUCAAGCACACCAGGCCCAGAUGACGAGGGUCAUGUCAGCCCAGAUACAGAAACUACCAUCAGUCCAGAUGCUACACAGCCCCCUGCUACUGUGAAUGAUCGCACAACUAUGACUGAUAGCACCACUAUGAGUGACCAUACAACACACCGAUUCCAUAAAACCGAAAGAGACCAUACUACGACGAGAGCCCAUACAACAGUGAGUGAUCAUUCAACUGUUGGAGACCACACAGUAGCAAGAGACCACACAACUGUCAGAGACCAUACAACAGUGCCUUUUAGAUCGCAGUCAUCCACAUUCACUGCUCUCCCCUCUAUUAUAUACCAGGGUGUUACCAACCAGCAGGUCAUGAUAGUCACCUCAGCAAGCAGCCAAACCAAAACUGACCAGACCCCCACCAUGGUGCUGCACGGUACGAAACCAUCGACAAGCACAGUUAUCAUAUUUACAGAGGAGGCCGGAGAUGAGGACACACUGUUCUCCACUGUUACAGACAGCAUGACCACAACCCCUGAGAUUAUCACUAAAGAUGAAACCAUCAUUGACGCUGAUACUGUGGCAAUGGUUGAACUCUCCUCACCUCUCUACCCCACCAUCUUUACAGAGGAAGCAUGGGGAGUCACAGCCAUUACCAUGACACCACAGUCCUCAAUUGCAAUGACAAAAGAACCUGAAGGGUCUGGGACAGAUGACUAUUUGUCUUCCACAAUUGACUCACUGAGUCUGGCCACAACACAAAUCCCAUCAGUCACCUCUGUAGAUAUAUCUGCAGAGGCAAGUGCUCAGACAACAAGGUCUGCAAAAGUUAAACAUUCAGAGACUGUUCGAACGACCACCUCGUCAUCUGUAGAGGAUGUUUUUAGUGAUGCGUCUACUUCAGUGUUUGUGUCCUCUGUAGCUGAAACCACCCAAGCCAGAGCUCUAUCCACGGAGUCCAGCUCUCAGACGGCCUUCACCACACCAAAUGUGUUUAGUGAUGAGUUCUCCGGAGAUGGUGUCACUGGUGAGGAGUCUGAUACAGAGCCUACUCCUUCUGCCCCUGUAUCAUCCCAAGCAUCAACUCUCCCCAUAGAUACAAGCUCACAGACCACCGUUAGCAGUGAGGAAUUCCCGACAGAUGCAAUUGAAUUAUCCACCACCCCUUCUCCUACUACUGUUAAAGCUAGAGUAGAAGACACAUCUGAUGAGCAUUCUGAAGUGGAGGCCACAACAACUUCAUCUAGUUCCACCCAAGCCACCAAGGUGUUUGACACUCCUACACAACAGACGCCAGAGUCCUCUGAAGAAGACAAAGCGACUGUGAAACCAACCAGCCCAUUGCCUGUUGAUGAGUCUUCAGGAGAAGACGACUUUGAAGGCUCUGGAUCUGAGACCUUCACCUCUGUAGUGGAGACCUCCCAAACCACAAUCCCCACCUCAAGAGCUACUAAGGAGGGUGAAGCGACAGAGAUUACCAUUCUAGUACCUCCAUCUUUAGAGAAGGUCAUCUCUGGGGAUGACAUGAAGACUUCGAAUCCCAAACCCUCUGAAGCCACUUCCUCCCUGUAUAGCAAAGAUAAACCAUCAGUUGCUUCCAUUUUGGAUUUAACCUCCAAAGAUGAAGACAGCUCUGGUGACCCAACCCCUAAAACGUUUACCAAAGAGUCUGUUACUGUACGUUUACAAAUGACAUCCACAACUACGGUUUAUUCUCUGUUCAGCACUGAGAAACCUUCACUUUCUUCCAUUUCGGAUAUAACCUCCACAGACGAAGAGAGCUCUGGUGACCAUACCCCUGAUAAGUUUACUAAAGCGUCUAAAACUACCACAGUUUCUCCAGUUGACAGCACUGUCAAAAUGGAGCAGGUAACAGCCACAACAAUGUCACCUGAAAAAGCAACAGCAGAGAUUGAAAAGACUACAACUACUACAGGUUUGUCUCUGUUUUGGACUGAGAAAACAGAGAAAGCUUCCUCCCAGGCAAGUUUGUCUGUCCAUUCCACUGUUGCGCCAUCUGUAAUGCCCGAUGUGGUGGACCAGUUUGUCACAACUUUUGUCCCCGAGGUGGACGUGACAAAACCUAAAGAAUCUUUCCAACAGGCUAGGUCUGAGAUUGCAUUUACCCAACAUGCAUUUACCCAUACCUCUGAUAUGUUGGUCACUACAACAGCUUAUUCUGUACACAGCACUGUCAAAGCAGAACAAGUGAAAACCACAGUAAUUCCACAUAUGAUGUCACCAGAAGGGACUGCAGCCAUUGAUCCGACAGAAACACCAACAGACUCAGAGGAGUUAGUAACUCCUGGUGUUGAUGACACAGAAACAGGUUCUACAGAUGAAGAGAGUUCUGGAGAUGAGACAAGUCCGAUGACCACCCAGGAGUCUCCUGUAACAGAAGCUAAUUUACACAGUAGCACAGCCAAGCCAUUGCAGACAUCAACAUCAGCUGUCUAUGAAUCCGUGGCUGACCUUACCUCUCCUGAAACAACUGCUGAUAGUGAAGAAACCAAACAGACAGACCUAACAAACACAGGACAGCCAUCAGAUAUUCUCAGUUCAGUGAAAAGCACAGUGAUCUCAGUCCUACCUGAUAAAGAUAAGGAGAGCUCAGGUGACCAAACCCUUGAAAUUUUUACCGAAGACUUACCAACUACUACAGUUUCUUCUCUGUUUAGCACAGAGGAACCUACAACAACAUCACAGGAAACUGUAACAGAAGAGAGUGAAGUCACUGAGCAAACUGAGAGACCAUCAGGCUCUGGAAAACCGUCAGCUACCAUCUCCGUCUUACCUUCCACAGAUGACCAGAGCUCAGGUCACCAGACAAGUGAGGGUUUCACUACAGACGCUUCUUCAACAGAAGAUCCUCUCUUGGCUAGCACAGUGCAGGCAAUUGCCUCUGUCUAUUCCACUGAGGCAGCAUCAGAGUCUGACGUGGUGGUCCAGUUUGUCACAACAUUUGCCCCCAAACCAGACAUGACAACACCAGAGGAAUCGUUCGAACAGGCCAGGUCGGAGAUAACAUUUACUCAUCGUCCUCAUACUGAUCUCUCUUCUGAGGAAACGGCAUUGCCUACAACCAGUCCCAUGCUGCCUAAGGAAGAUUCAAGCCAGUCUUUAGAAACUAUAACUGCACCUGCACAGAGCUCAGAAUCAACUUUUGUCUCUACUGCUUCUCCAGUGAAGACUGAUGCUGUUUUACCCACACCAGAGGCAGAGCAACAAGUUGAAGCUUCAAGCCAGGUACCUACAACAGAGGAGGCUUCUCCUAGUGCAGAGGGCAACUCCGAACAAGAGGCUGUGGUUGAAGAGACAGGCGUUCCUAUCAUUGUUUCUCCUCUAACUGAGAAGGUAUUAGAAACUAACGUGAACAGCACACCAUCUGCAAUGACAUACAUUGAUGAAAUGGUGGACUAUGAAAGUACCUCAGACCCAGUACAGGUUAAAUCUAUACCUUCCGUCGUUAUAACCACCACAAAGCCUAAGGUGGAAGCAACAGUGCUCAGAACUGCCCCAACACAGACUGUCCCAACACAGACUGUCCCAACACAGAAUAUUGAGAGUGUGUCAUCGAGUUCAGAGAGCAGUUCAGAGAGCAGAUCAGAGGAACUGUCCAGCCCAUCUGUGACUCAAUUAGUAUUAGCCUCCUACAGCUCAGAAAGCAGUUUGGACGAAAAGUUGACAAUAGCUUCAACCUUGAAGCCAGAGAGUGACACAACAGAGGAGACCACCCCAUCCCUCUUUGUGACUCAGACAGAACUGACAGCCUCUGUCACUGGUUCACCCUCUCUCACGACUCCUAGUGCUGAAAUUGAGUCAACCGGUUCUGAGAGCAGUCCAGAAGAAAAGACCGUUUCUGAGAAGCCAGAGAUUGACACUAUGGAGGAAACCACCCAAUCGUCGGCACAGAUUCAGACCGUGGUUUUGCCAGGUGUCACCAGUCCACCAUCUCGCCAGUCUCCAGCCGCCCCCGGGGCGGAGUCCCUUAGUGUCGUAAGCUCCUCUGAGAAACAGGAAGCACAGGGUGAAAUUGAGGAAGUUGUUACUCCUACCACGGAGAUGCCAACAAGGGAAAAGCCAGAGUACACAACUGAAUCGCCAGCAGGAACACAGAACCAGCCAGAAUCAGUCGCUACAAUCCACAGCAUUCCUUCAUCUGUGUCUGAGGAGGAGAAAACCGUGGACUAUGAUAAUGUAUCAGGACCUACGUUAGUCGAGGGUGAACCCCCCAUCAAGGGAGUGGAAACUACCACUUCAGCUGAGACCAGACUGGAUUUGGGGCACACGAUCGUUGGCGAGGCAAUUGAAAUUGCAGGCAUCCACUCCUGCACUGAGAACAUUUGUCUGAAUGGGGGCUCUUGCUACAGACGCGGAAGUCUCCCCUCUUGCAGCUGUGCACCUGGCUACAGUGGAGAUCGUUGUGAAACAGACAUUGAUGAAUGUCAGUCCAACCCCUGUCACAACGGAGCUACAUGCGUUGACGGCCUGAAUUCCUUCACCUGUGUUUGCCUCUCAAGCUACACUGGAUUCUAUUGUGAAGAAGACACUGAGACGUGUGACUAUGGCUGGCACAAGUUCCAGGGCAACUGCUACAAGUACAUCCCCCAGAGGAGGAACUGGGACACAGCGGAGAGAGAGUGCCGGGUACAGGGGGCACACCUGGCCAGCAUCCUCUCCCAUGAUGAGCAGCAGUUUGUCAACCGCCUUGGACAGGACUACCAGUGGAUCGGCCUGAAUGAUAAGAUGUACGAGAAUGACUUCCGCUGGACCGACAGCACGCCCAUGCAAUAUGAGAACUGGCGUCCCAACCAGCCAGACAGUUUCUUCUCAUCUGGAGAGGACUGUGUGGUGAUGAUCUGGCACGAGGACGGCCAGUGGAAUGACGUGCCCUGCAACUACCAUCUCACCUUCACCUGCAAGAAAGGCACAGCCAUUCAUUCUCCCAUCAACCCCUGUGUGUUCUUCCCAGUGGGCUGUAACCAGCCCCCUCUGGUACAGAACGCUCGUACCUUCGGCAGAAAGAGGUCACGCUAUGAGAUCAACGCACUAGUGAGGUACCAGUGUAGGGACGGUUUCAUCCAGAGGCACGUGCCAACCAUCCGUUGCCAUGAAGACGGCCGAUGGGACAUCCCCAAAAUCGCCUGCAUGAGUCCAUCAAACUUCCAGAGGGCCUUUGCGAGGAGGCAGAGUUACAGCCUGUUCAGUAGCAACAAAUACAAGCGGCGGUCCGACGAGGCGACGGCCCGACAUCAUCCUCACCAUCGAGGAAGGAGAGAGAGGAGAGGCAGAAGACAAGCAGAAGACAAUGAUCGCCAUGGUUACACUAGGUUACUCAGAACCAGCAGAGCCUAAACCAUAGGAACGCAGGACUGUUAGUUAUGUGGAUAUUUGUUUUUUUUAAUGGAAUGAAAACAUUUUAAGAACUUUAAUGAAUGAAAGGACAAAAAGAAGAAACCCAAAGGAUAUUUACAAUUUUUCUUGCAAUUUUGAUGAUGGAAUCUUGGAAUGAUGUGCCUUUUUAAAGAAAUAUUAUUUUAAAGAAUAUUCUUAUAAAGGGACACUAUUUUAUAACAAAGCCAAAGUGGAUACCUUCAGUUGGCUACUGGGAAAGUGUGCUGGAGAUGUACUUUGGACCAAAUAAUGCAUUCAUCCUCAACUAUACGAUUUUCUCCAUUUUAUACAGACAGGAGAGCGUUCAACUCUUACAUUGGGAAAAAGAUAUCGGCAAAUUCCAGCUUUUGUGAAAUUAUAGCGCUUAUGUUAUGCAAAAUAAUACAAUUAAUUUACAAAUAGUCUGUACUACGCAGGCACUGACAAUCAAAUGAAUCCACAGUACACAAUCCAUCUCUCUCUUCUCUACAUUAUUCCGGAAAUGACAUUUCAAAGAAAGAGGAUCUAUGCUUGGGUUUAUCUUGUUGUUACACAUGAUUACUGUAUGCAUUUUUUCAGAGUUUUUCAUCCAAUACCAAGCUUGGGACUAUCCGAUGACACACGUCACUGACCAAUCAGAUUUCAGAUCACAGAAUGAAAAACUGAAACAUGGCGAAGGCCCAUUCAAUCAGAAUUUGACCUUUUAUCACUAGCUCUUUGUCAUCAGCUGCAGUCUUCAUCCCAUCUCAUCCAUAGAUAUAUAAAAAAUAUAUGAUGCGUUGAUAAUGGGUUAAUGUUUGUGCACAUCCAUUUAACACUUUUGCUUUCUAUUGUAUGUUGAGAAACAAGAGAGGAGAUUUCUAAGUAUUAUUUGACUGAGGGCCAAAUGAGUGUCUCCUCCUAAGCCCUAAAGGCCUUAUACAUUGAAGUGAAGCCAUCGACCUGUAAAUUAUUUGGCUGUGUUGAAUGAAACUAUAGAAGGGAAAGGAGGGUUAUGGAAUGUAUGUUUUCUAGACAAUAUAACCUGGAAUUCCUUGCUACGUUUACAACAAAUGUGAGGUAUUUUAAUGUUACUAAAACAAUGUUAUAAAAAUCCUUUAAAAAAUUUGCUUUACUUCUGUUCUGCCUGAGGGGGUAACUUCUCUGUUUCCUGACACUGUAGGCGACUCAAGCUCUUCGCUUCCUUCCAUGUGCUGUUUUCUUAGGUCAAUGUAAAACUACUAUUGAGAGAAUGUACUUAGUGAAACACUUCAAAAGACUUGAACAAACACCUUUUUAAACAAAAGAUACAAAUAAUUUAUUUUUCAAGCUGCUCUUCCUCUUCUUGCUAUGUUAUUGUUUUGUAAGUGAAAUAUUCUGAUGAUGCAAUCACUUGGUCUGACUAGUCUCGAUACUACAUGUAUUUACAUGCUUUGUGGGAGACAGCUAACAUCACAGUAUCUGAGUCAAUGUGAUGAAGAUAUUCUUUUACUACACACUAUGCUAGAUAGGCCUUAUAGUAUGACAUUUAGGGGUCAACAAUGGACCAAGGGCUUCAAUCAGCUGAAAUUGCAGUGUUUCCGUCACAAUAUCACCAAACACUUUGUACAGAUUUAGUGUUGCACAAUUGAUGACGAUCAUCCAGCAGUUGUUGUUUGUCUUUUUUUAUUUGUUGUGUUUUAGCAUUAAAGUGCACAUAAUAACAUUUUAUAUUUACAGUAUAACUUUUUUUUUUACAAUGUGAAAGUCUGGGAUGUUUGAGAAAUACAUUUUUAAAUUAAACAAGACUGUUUUACCUGCUCUCAGUCACCAAAGAAAUAAAAACAAAAGUUUGCCCAUUUUA